GCACCUGCCCGGUCCCUGCGCGGAGCCCCUCGGCGUCGCGUGGAGCUGCGAGUCGCCCGCUUCCGGAAGCGCACACGGGCCAGUUGCGGCGGCCCAUCUGCCAGGGCGGCGGGGGCUCAGCGGGAGGGUUGAGGCUGAAUCACGCGCAGCCUGCGGGCGGCGGAAACGUCCCUAGAGCCUCGCCGCCCCGGGACCCGGGCUGCUUCCUGGGAGAAGAUUACAUUUUCUCCCUGCUCCACUUGACUUUCUUCCGGAAGGAGCAGGUCUCGCAGGAUCGGGGCCAAGGCUGGAAGAGUUCAGGUUUGGGAGUCGUGUGUGUAACAGCCCCACGCCUCCACGCCCUGGCCCGUGUGGCUUUGGGCAAGUUAUAUAACCACCGCCGCCACCCCAGUUUCUUCUCCUGUAAAAUGGAGCUUUAGUGCCGCCCAGCAGGGUUGUUGGGAUAAUUCAGUGACUCUGUGGACUGCUCAGCACCUGUGAAUUGCUUUCCUGGAUGUUGGGUGAAAGGCUGUGAGCUUUUGGUUGAUUAUGCGGAUGCAGAACCGUCAGAGAGGACCAACUGCACCAUUUAAAAUGUGCCACUUAGAAAUCCCCAUGGCUGGGGGUUAUGGAGUGAUGGGUGACGAUGGUUCUAUUGAUUAUACUGUUCACGAAGCCUGGAAUGAAGCCACCAAUGUUUACUUGAUAGUUAUCCUUGUUAGCUUCGGUCUCUUCAUGUAUGCCAAAAGGAACAAAAGGAGAAUUAUGAGGAUAUUCAGUGUGCCACCUACAGAGGAAACUUUGUCAGAGCCCAACUUCUAUGACACGAUAAGCAAGAUUCGUUUAAGACAACAACUGGAAAUGUAUUCCAUUUCAAGAAAGUACGACUAUCAGCAGCCACAAAACCAAGCUGACAGUGUGCAACUCUCAUUGGAAUGAAACCUCAGAAAAUGAGCAACAGAAGUAAUUGUUUCAAGCUCCUGAUUCUUUCUACUAAAUCAUGAACAGCUUUAAAAACAUUUCUGUCUGCAUAAAAUUAUUUUACUUGUGACUUUUCCCCAGUUGUUCUGUGCAUUGUUUUGCCUUUUUAAAUUACAUCUCCAAGUGGCUCAAAAGGCCUUGACACAGGGAACCUGCACAUAUUCAGGAUAUGUGUAACCAGCGAUGGUGACUUGACCUUGCCAAGACCUGUGAUUCCUUCAGGAUACAAUCAGUGAGAAAUAAAAACACAUCUUGGGAAGUGGGAAUCCUGGAGUUUAUCCAUUUGCAAUAUUAAAAAAUAAAAAUGCAAGUUAUUAUUUCAAUAAUAACUUCCUGUUUGAUUGUAUUCUGUGAGUGAUAAGUGUCAGAUCAAUAACAGAUUAAUUUGUUGUUAACAGCUCUUUUUUUUUUUUUUUUUUUUUUGAGACAGAGUCUGUCGCCCAGACUGGAGUGCAGUGGCACGAUCUCUGCUCACUGCAACUUCCACCUCCUGGGUUUAAACGAUUCUCCUGCCACAGCCUCCUGAAUAUUCUGUUAGCAGCUCUUUAAUUAAUGAUCUUUGCUUCUUCAGAACUUGUAUGGUAGACCGUCCUUUCUACAUCAUGAUGCAUACUCCUGUGCUACUUUUAGAAGCUUUCUGUAACUAGAUUUUUUCCUCAUUAUGCUCCCAGGAGUGAGUUUGUUUUUAUCCCCGUUUCAUUUCUACCAGGUAGCUCUACUUUAGGCCAUACUGGGGCCCUGCUGUUGAAUAAAUGGAUGCUUGUAUAUUGGUGUUGGCAACUCUGCAGUAGUAGUGCUACCACUGGCGAGGCAGUAUUACUGCCACUGGUGAAUGUUGCUGUCUGGUUACUGCUGCAUUUUUGGCAUGCUAAGCUUUCCUAAAGAGCCUCAUAUCUUUUCCCAUGCUGUACUGUACAAUGAAAUGUUUUUACCUAAUUUUUCAUGUUUAUUUAAAUAAAAGCUGACUGGGUAGUAGUGGGGAAGUUUAAUUGUCCACAUAAGUCAAAAGAAUCUGUUUUCGAACUAGAGCUAUUUUCAAUUAUAAGAGUGAGCUGGCUGGGCAUGGUGGCUCACGUCUGAAAUCCCAGCACUUUGGGAGGCCAAGAUGGGAGGAUCACCAGGUCAGGAGUUCGAGACCAGCCUGGCCAACGUGGUUAAACCCAAUCUCUACUAGAAAUACAAAAAUUAGCUGGCUGUGGUGGCAUGCGCCUGUAAUCCCAGCCACUCAGGAGGCUGAGGCAGGAGAAUUGCUCAAAUCUUGAGAGGUGGAGGUUGUAAUGAGCCAAGAUCACGCCACUGCAUUCCAGCCUAGGUGACAGAGCAAGACUUCGUCUCAGAAAAAAAAAAAAGUUAAUAAUGGCUUAAAGUAUUUCCUUUUCCCCUUAUUGUGAAAUAAAAUAUAUACAUUUUAAAUGGAAAUUAAGGUUUAGACCAAAUAAAAUCAUUCAGGGAAAUUGCAUUUACUUUUAAAAAUGUGUUGUUCAAAAAUGUAUAUAUAGUACAAAGUGAAUUGACCAAACGGAAUAAUUCUUAACUCACAAAGGAGUUUGAGUGCACUUCCUACAUGUUGAAUUUAAAUCUGACUAAAGGAUUGUAAACAGUUGUAAUUAUGGGUUGUAGUAACAGAGCAAUAAGGGGACAAUCUUCUAAACUUGACUUUGCCUAGGAGAACUACUGUAUAUUUCCACAAGUGAAUUUAAUCAGCAAUAGGAGUGGUUUACUCGUCACUGACAUGUGGCACAAUCUGGACAAAUUACACAAACUGGCUAUCUCAGAUGUGUAAAAUUAAUGUACGUAAAUAAACAUAAGUCAUACAAUAAA